AUGAAAUUUUUUGUGAGCUUUCACAGAACUAUCAAAAAUAUCAUUUUAACUAUGUCGUUCGAUCUUCAGCAUCUCGCUAUAGAUCCCUCUCUUAUCAAGGAAAUCAAACCUUGCGUUUACGAGAUUCCAAUUGGUUUCGUUCCAAACAUGAAGGUUCCAGGUUAUUUCUACUCAACACCAGAAAUGGCAAAGUAUGCAUUCGAUGAACUCGAAAACUGGAUGUCAAACCGUAACCAAGGUCUCCCAUCAAUCUUACAGAUUUCAUUUGUUGCUACACUUCCAGGUAUCACAAAGGGCUCAUUCGGUAUGCCAGAUAUGCACUCUGGUUAUGGUUUCUCAAUUGGUGGUGUUGCUGCAUUCGAUACAACAGAUCCAGAUGCACUCAUCUCUCCAGGUGGUGUUGGCUACGAUAUCAACUGUGGUGUCCGCUUGAUGACAACAAACUUAACAUGGGAAGAGGUCGAGCCAGUCAAGAAGGAACUCGUUGAGAAGCUCUACAAGUACAUUCCAGUUGGCGUUGGUGGCAAGCUCGAUGGAAUUUGCCCAUGUCGUCAUCUUCGUGAUGUCAUGUUAAAAGGUGCUGGCUGGGCACUUGAGAAUGGUUUCGCAGUUCAGGAGGAUAUCGAUAACUGUGAAGAGAAUGGUUGUCUCAAGGGUGCUGAUCCAUCUUUGAUAUCAGAUCGCACAAUUGCACGUGGUACAGGCCAGCUUGGCACAGUUGGUGCAGGAAACCACUACAUCGAAGUUCAGCGUGUUGACAAGAUCCUCGAUGAGGAGAAAGCACGCGUGAUGGAUCUUCACGAGGGACAAGUUGUCGUCAUGAUCCACACAGGAUCUCGAGGCUUAGGUCACCAGGUUGCAGAUGAGAACAUGAAAGUAUGCUCAGAGAAGUUUGUCAAGGAAUCACUCCCAGACAAGCAGCUCGCUGCACCAUCUUUCCACUCUGAGGAAGGCCAGAAGUACUUGCGUGCAAUGUACGCAGCUGCAAACUUCGUUUGGUGCAACCGUCAGGUAAUCAUGCACAACGUUCGCCGCGCAUUUUCUGAUGUCUUCAAGGACCGCAAAUUAGAGACACAUCUCGUCUAUGACGUUGCACACAACAUCGCAAAGGUCGAAAAACACAACAUCGACGGUGUUGAGAAGGAGUACAUCGUCCACCGUAAGGGUGCCACACGUGCAUUUGGUCCAGGCCGCCAGGAGAUCUCAGAGAAGUACCGCUCGAUCGGCCAGCCAAUCCUCAUUGGUGGAUCAAUGGGAACAGCAUCAUAUGUUCUCGUCGGAACAGAUGAGUCAAUGAAGUGUGCAUUCGGAUCAACAUGCCACGGUGCAGGACGUCUCAUGUCUCGUUCAAAGGCACUCAAGACAAUUCCUCUCGAGAAGGUACAGAAUGAUCUUGCUUCACAUGGUGUCUUCCUCAAGGCAGCAGACAAGCAAACAAUACAGGAUGAGUCUCCAGACGCAUACAAGGACAUCGAGCAGGUUAUCGAUGCAUGCGAGACAGUUGGUAUCUCACACAAGGUUGCACGCCUCGUCCCAAUGGGCGUUAUCAAGGGAUGA